AUCUCAGUUUAUUGUUAGCACCGUGCCUGCCUUUAAUCCCUACAGACUUGUAAGAGCUGAGCAGAGGAGUCAGAGAACAGAAGUUGCUUCAUUUUUGGUUUUUGGGUCAGAACACUCGGCUUCAACUCUGGAGAAGAUGGGCUGCCAACAAGAGGAGGAGGGCAGUUCUUGGAAGAAACAGACCAACAACAUCAGAAAAACAUUCAUUUUCAUGGAAGCACUUGGGUCAGGUGCUUUUUCAGAAGUUUUCCUGGUGAAACACCGAACAACCAGCAAGCUUUAUGCUCUGAAAUGCAUUAAAAGGUCACCCGUAGCCCAGGACAGCAACCUAGACAAUGAAAUAGCCGUGCUGAAGAAAAUAAAGCAUGACAACAUAGUGACUCUGGAGGACAUUUAUGAGAGCACCACCCACUAUUAUCUGGUCAUGCAGCUAGUGUCUGGGGGAGAAUUAUUUGAUCGUAUUUUAGAACGAGGUGUUUACACAGAAAAGGAUGCAAGCAUUGUAAUUCAGCAAGUCCUGGGAGCUGUGCAUUAUCUUCAUGAGAAUGGGAUAGUCCACCGAGAUCUGAAGCCUGAAAACCUGCUCUACCUAACUCCCGAGGAGAACUCUAAAAUCAUGAUUACAGACUUUGGCUUGUCUAAAAUGGAGCAAAAUGGCAUCAUGUCUACAGCAUGCGGGACUCCAGGAUACGUCGCUCCAGAGGUGCUAGAACAAAAGCCAUAUAGCAAAGCUGUGGAUUGCUGGUCCAUAGGUGUCAUUACCUACAUCCUCUUGUGUGGAUACCCUCCUUUCUAUGAAGAGACAGAGUCCAAACUAUUUGAGAAAAUCAAAGAAGGCUACUAUGAAUUUGAGUCUCCCUUCUGGGAUGAUAUCUCUGAAUCAGCCAAGGAUUUCAUCUGCCACUUAUUGGAGAAGGAUCCAAAUGAAAGGUUUACCUGUGAGAAAGCCCUCAGGCACCCCUGGAUUGAUGGAAACACAGCCCUCCAUCGUGACAUAUAUCCAUCUGUCAGUGCACAGAUCCAGAAAAAUUUUGCAAAAAGCAAGUGGAAGCAAGCCUUCAAUGCUGCAGCUGUUGUUCACCACAUGAAGAAGCUCCACAUGAACUGCCACCACACAGAUACCAAUACCCCAAACAGUCUUCCACUCAUGGAAGUGCAGAAUGCAUCAAGGCCCAGUACUCCACCAAUCGCCAGCCAGGAACAACCAAAUCAAGAUGCCAAGAUGCUGGUAUUACCAUGCCAGAACACUUUGGAUCUUUCUGAUCAACACAGCAAGAUGACAGACAGCAAGUAUUUGGAUUACUUGGCUACCAGGUCCCUCCCUCUCACUGCCAACACAGCCAUGGAAGACAGCCACAAUCCUCCAAAUAGACCUUCAUUUAGCUGCAAGACAGCAUGUGGGGCGCAUGAGAAAGUGAAGACAUCCUUUUGCUCAGAGUCGGUACUCCUCAAAAGAGGUGCCAAGCCCCAUCAUUUCAAAUCAGAAGUCCUUGUUCCAGUGAAAACCAGUAACCACUCCUAUUUUGGCACUGGGCAAACUGGAGUUUGUUUGGUGAUGUGAUUGGAAAAUCAGCCACAUGAGUCUCUCUCACACCUUUACAGAAGGGCUGUUUGAUUCUUCUCUUCAAAGCUGCAAAGUCAAACAUCAAUUGUGCGUGGCAAGAGAAGUGCCUGUCCUAAGCUCUGGCAGGCAGAGCUAUGUUCUCAGUUGCCAGUGGCCAUUCAUUGAAGUGCUGCAUAUCCAUAGGCCUGAAAUUAACUUGAAAUGUUAAAAGGGUCAUCAAUACAAACAGGGAAACAUUUUAUGAAAGAAAGCCAGGCUUUUGCUAGCCAUUUCAGUGUAUUCAUCUACAUAUUUGCAAAAAACUAUCUGUUUUUGCGGGGCUGGGGAGAAGGGAUCGUGUUUUCUGCAUAUCUGUAUUCUAUAGCUGUCCAGUGGAAUGACAGAAUAAUUGCCAGGUGUUCUUUUAUGCUGAGCCCAUGUAGAAAAUGUGUUCUGAAUACAUUCAGUGCUGGCUUACUUGUGUAGCUUUUGAUUUAUGUCAAGGAGUAGUCAGUCAGGUGCACUCCAGAUGUUGUUGACUACAGCUCCCAUAAUCUGUGUCCAUAAACUAUGUUAGAUGAGGAUUAUGAGAGCUGUAGUCCCACAACAUCUGGAGGGUACCACAUUGGCGGCUUCCACCUCAUAAAUCGGGUAAACUGCAAAGCAUGGUGUCUGCACCGUUACUGUUUGUUUCAAUGCAGCUGGUAUAGAGCUUCUGCAUAGGUUCCAGUGGAUGGAGGGGGGGACUUAAGCAUUCCCAUUCUCUGGAUGAAGUUAACUUCUGCUUCCAAGUCAGCAAUUGUGUAAUAUAUGCCAUGCUUAAUAAAGCUGAUUGGUUUUUAA